UCGUUAUGUUUUGACAGAAUGAAAUGAAGAAAAGCCGUCAAACUCAUAAUUAUAAGUUGGAUAUUUAUUUUUUGUGUACGGAACUAAUAUAAUAUAACAUUAUCUGGUAAUAUUUCUUGUUUUUAUGAUAUUUUAUAGACGCUAUAUGCUUUAACCCGGAAUCCUGAUCGGAACAACUACCCACUUUUGAUACUAAACAAUUUGUACGUGAAGGAUUUGCCAUAUCAAAAAUCUAAAAAAAAUCCGUCAACAUACAAUUAUUUGGACUAGGAUGGAUUUGGCAGUGACAAAUGCUUCAUGUUGGAAGUGAAUGGAUUUAUCUGUGCCUUUUGGUUGAUAAAAACUGGAAUUUCAAAGAAAAUAAUUUUAUGGUGAUAGAAAUUUUCCCUUUGAAGAAUGGAAUUUACACCAAAAGUUUUAAGAAAAUUACCAUAAGACAUAAUGCCAUCAGUUUUCAGGUGGAAGAAUUGAAUUGAAACCAAAAGUUCAAGAAAAUUUCCAUAUAAUACCAUCAGUUUUUUUCAUGUUGCUAGCAUUCUCGUAACUAAGGGAACAAUAUGGCUGCCAGUGGUAUCCUAGCGACCAAUUUGACAGAGAUUGGUAACCUAUCAACCAGCAACAUCAUGUCAAAUUUAACCAGAAAUACAACUACCCAUGAACCAGCGGCGUUAUCCAUAGACAACCUAUACCCGGCAAUUUUCCAGUGUUUCGCCAUUAUAAUGGCAGGUUACAUCGCCGGUAGAGCUAAUCUCAUUACGGAAAUCCAGGGUAAAGGCAUUGGGACUUUUGUCGGAAAAUUCUGUCUACCAGCGUUACUGUUCCGCAGCAUGGUAGUGUUGGAUUUUAGUCAAGUUAAUUGGUACUUUUUACUUGGGAUCGCAAUCUCUAAAACAGCGGUGUUUAUUGCGGUAGCAGGAUUGACGUUGUUGAUUAAGCGACCGGUGCAUCUUGGAUAUGCGGGUCUGUUUGCAAUAUUUGCUACACAGAGUAAUGACUUUGCUCUUGGAUACCCUAUUUUGAAGGCUCUAUAUGAGGACACGCAUCCUGAAUAUUUACAGUAUAUUUACUUGGUAGCACCGAUUUCUCUCAUUUUUCUUAAUCCAAUUGGCUUCGUCCUUCUCGAGAUUCACCGGCGCCGACAUGACACCACUCGACGAGCAAGCAUGGCUCUCACACACUCGUCUCAACUUCUGCCUGCUCCGACCAACACGUGUCAUCUGGCGCUCCAUGUGGCUAAGAAUGUGCUGAGUAACCCAAUCGUGUUCAUGGUAAUUAUCGGGAUAGCGGGAAACUUUGUCUUCAAACAGAAGAUACCAAAUGUGUUGGAUGAUAUUCUCCUGGUGCUAGGUAAUGCAUUCAGUGCUUCAGCCCUGUUUUACCUCGGGUUGAACCUGGUUGGGAAAGUGUCUGGCCAGCUAGGCUUGGGUUUGGUCGUACCAUUACUGCUUAUUAUGGCAAAAACGCUGUUGAUGCCACUGAUCACAUGGCAAGUCGUUGGAGCCUUGGAGUUGCAUGGUCCUUCAACCAACGACUCGAGAUCGCUCAGCAUGUAUGCGUUUCUGUAUGGAACAUUCCCAACAGCUCCCUCUGUCUUCAUCUAUGCUAGUCAUUUUUCCGUUGCUCAAGAUAUUAUUGCCACAGGAAUGGUGGUUUGUACAUUCCUAUCUGCUCCACUCAUGUUUGUGUCAGCCAAGAUGAUGACAGUGGUGGUUAGCAGUGAAAUGGAUUACAAGACGUUACUUCUCGACACUUCAUUUGACCUAAGUGUGGUGUCACUGGUGUUCAAUGUGUGGAUUCUAGCAGUUCUUAUCUUCAGCAGAAAGCACAAGAGAAUGCCUCACCAGUUUCUGAUAUGCCUGGUGCUUGCCCAGAGUCUUGCCUGUAUUGGAAUGAUCAUCUACGAUGGCUUAGACACUCAUAUUGUAUGGACACACUACCUACAGUUUGUUAUGUUACUCAUUGGGGUAUUUUCCACUCGAUGUUUCGCUGCGGUACUCUCCAUUGUUUUAUACCUGUUACAUUGCCGAAGUCUGUGUUUUGUGCUCAGAAACAAGGGAUGGAUGUAUAUAUUUGCUUUAGGGUUUCCAAUGGUUGGCACAGGGAUGUUGCUGAUAUUCGGAGACCAUCAUCUCAACAAUGAAAUAGACCCGUCCUUUCACUAUGGGACAGAUCAGGCAUUGCUGUCGGUGGUUGUCCUCACAGUGUGUUCGGCAAUCAACAUCACAUUCCUCGUUCUUCGUCAACGUAAUGCUCGCCAAAGUAAGGAACGCUCGAUAAAGGUGGGAAAAAAAUCACUCCCGAGAAACAUCAACACGGAGACAAAUGAAGAAGAAAGUAUAACAGAAAGAUUGCUUCCUGCAGACGACAUAGAGCCAUCAAGCACCAGAAGGACUAGGACUUCUAGUACAAGCAAGCUUCUGUGUGAUGGAGAUGGAAGCAGAUAUAGGUCCUGCUCCAACUGUACGCAUGACUGUGAAGUUAAACUAUAUGAACAACCAGUUCCCGAAAGCUCUGUCAGUAUAGAGGACAUGGUGCCUUUCCCUGAUGACCAGCCUGCCGAUCUUAAGCCCACAGCCAAUAAAUCUCGAACUAAGCGUCACUUUAGCAGGCUGAAUUCUAAGGAUAUGGGUAACUGUGGGGUGAAGAAGCAACCUAAACGGAAACCCGGUGGGAAUAUUAAUCCCCCACCGGUUGACCGGGGGAUGAGUUCGAAUUCCGGGGGAUUUUUACCCACGCCAGAGGAUAUGGCAUCAACUCCCAGAGAAACAAGUUCCCCAGCUCGGACGGCAAGUAGUUCUACAACAAGUGAGGAGGACUCAUUACUGGAUUCGAUACAGACUUACGAAUGUGACGCUGGAACAUGUAGUUACCAACAACGUCGGAGGUGUGCCGGCUUGCUGAGGUGCUAUCAUUCGACAUCUCGAAACAUUCAGGUUCAAGAAUCAGGAGAUGCAGUAGGUGUCAAGGUGAAACGACAGCCCUUGAGUGAUGAAUACCAGACGGACAGAUUCAUAAUUCUUCUCCUAUCGUUACAAGUCUCCAUGUUUGUGGGACUGUUCCUGUGUACAUGGAGGUUGUUUAAUGACGCCAAGUCUGGGAUCUAUGUGGAAAUAGAAUUCCUGGAUAGCUUCUUCAACUAUGGCCAGAGUUUGGUUGUGUUUGCGAUAUUUGGGUUUGAUACUCAGCUCAUGAUAUUGCCCUGUAUAAGAAGGAUACGCAAGUUGCUGUAUGGUGUGGAGGUUGUGCACCUGCCAUCUCCCAAGCAGAUAACGGAACAUGAGAAGCAGACGUGUGAACAGUUUUCCAAAUACCACAAAUCUGGGUGUGAGGACGCCAUUGUUAGAGAUAUGAAAUACCGAUUCAGAACGUACAACAAAGUGUUCUGCGGCACUUCUCUCUGCGACUGGUUACAAGAAGUUGGACUGGUUCACACACGCGGUGAAGCGGUCUCAUAUGGACGGACUCUACUUCGUGGGCGUGUCAUAUGUCAUGUGACGGAGGAGCAUGAUUUCCAUGAUAUGCCGUAUUUCUACAGAUUUUUGGAGGAAGACGAAAUAGAAGAGGAUGAAUUUGAAUAAUUUAUAUAAGAUAAAUUUCUGGCUAAGAUCAUAAUGAUCUCUAUUUUUAGAUAUAAUUGUAUCUAGUGCAAAUAGGUUAUGUAGUAUUUCUGUUCUAAAAAUAGAACAGGGCAUUAUUAGUUUGUAUGGAGUUAAACUUUUUCAAAAUCGUGUUUCAUUUUCUUCCCUUUAUCGCUUUAUUUUUCUUUAUCGCUUUAUUUUUAUUACUGUCAAUCAACUUUAUCGCUGAUUAUGUUAUCAUUUGUACAGUACAGGCAGUGUAUCACUCAUCUUUAUAUUAUUAAGUUUAUUAAAGCAUAUGUAUUAGACUAGUAGUUAAAUUUAUGAAAAAAUAGAUAUGAAAUUUGUGAAAUCAAUGAUCAUAAAGAUAAAAUUUAAUCACUAUAUUUUGUCAUAGUAUUGUAUUUCAGAAAUUAUUUUAAUUUCAGAUAAAAAUGUUCUAUUACACACACAGUCACCCUGCUUGUCUCAAAACUUGCCAAUAUGUAUCUAUCUUGAUUUGAACUUAAAUGUGGCUUCAUGCUACUAUUAUUGUGUGCAUUUAUAGUCAAAAACUGUGAGUCAAUGAAAGCUUAUGGGUGCUAAUAAUUUAUACAUUAUAACAUAGCAUGGCAUACCCAUGGGUGAAAUAUUCACUUUAAAUGUUCACAAGGUGAAAUAUAUUGCUAUCUUACUCUGAAACAAACAAUUUUUCAUUUUAUUAUAUUUUUUUAGAAAGCGCCAAUUGGUAUGGGCAUGUAAUGUCAUUUCGGAAAUGUGCCCCAGACCUGUGCGUGCUGAUGUUUGAUUUGGAAAUGAGAGCAGGCACAAAUUUCAAAACCAUGAGAAAUAUAAAUCAUAUUUCACUGAUAAAUCUAUAUUAUCCACCUGAAAGCAUAAUAUUAUAAUGAAAAGGAUUGGUUGAGAAACAAAAGAACGAAAUAAGUUUAAAAUGUGGGUAAGGGGAGACGAAACAAAUAAUUUUUAAUUAUGAUGUCACCAUCAUAAUACUAUAGUAUUUUCACUCUGUGUUGGAUUUUUUUUAAUGAUCGGGUAAUGGAUUAUAACUGCCAUUCUUCUGCCAUUUUGUGGUAAAAGUGCUUUUUUUUAUUAUUCUUUUUAUAAUUUCUGCCACUUAAUUUGUGUACUCUUUUUUAAUUGCUAGUUGUAAUAACGGUGCAUAUAAUUAUAUUUUGUUUUUAUAUUUUUGUUCAUGAUUUUUUUCCUCUCACACUUUUAAUAAUCGGGGCUGGUGAAAUUCUGAUUGGGAAAUGGUGCCAAUUUUGCCUAGAAAUGAAAAUUAUGAAAAAUAACAAUUAUCAAUACCCACUGUAUAUAUUUUAAAUGAUAUGCCUGCACUACACUGUAUAAACACGUACAAUAUACAAUAUAUCUAGCUUAUUACGGUAUAAAAAUGUGCAAUGUAUAUUUUCGCUUUAUUCUUAUGCAUCAUUGCAUAAUUAGUAUCAUUACCGAAUACAAACGAAGUUCAUUACAUGAAAGAAAUCCAAAAUUUAAUCUUCGGAUUUGAGAUUAUUUUUGUUAAUACAGCCAUUUUUUAACUUACUGGGACUGACCUGGUAGACAACCCUAGUCAAUUUCCAAUUGAAAAAAUGCCUGGUAGACAACCCUAGUCAAUUUCCAAUUGAAAAAAUGCAUUUGUCACAAGCGAUGUGAUACAUCAGUAAGUAAGAUUCAAUGCGUUGUAUGAAACAGAAUAAAUUAUAUGUAAGUUUUUGACAAUUUUCUUUUUUUCUUGCAAUUGUAUCAUCUGGUGUCUAGUCCCUUUAAACACCACAUAUUAAGAUAUAGAAGGUUGUGGUACCUUCCGGCUGUAAGCACAGUAAAUGUUUGUUUUGCUCAUUAUUUGAUGUUAAAAAGUGUGUCUCUUACAAGUACCUGUAACUUUUUAUGUUAGGAAUAAUCAUGUCAAUGUAUGCUUAUGUGAUAGAAGUAUUUUAAAUGCUGCAUCAUGUGAUAUUUAUAUUUGUCAGAUAAAAUACUCUGUGUUUGCUCAGCAACAGUAAAACAGAUAUUGAAUAUCGAUAUUUGGGCCAGAUAUAUGGUGCAGGAUGAAUCUACUGUGUAGAUGAAAAUUGUUCGAUUUUGUAAGAUUUUGUAAUUGAUUAAGUAUUGAUAAAAAAUAUAUAUAUAGUUGUAGUCUGUGAUGGAAUUGCUCCACAAUGUUUUAAAUUAUUAUGUAUAUAAAGUAACUCAUUCUAAUUAUUACUAUUAUUAUGUAUAUAUUUCUUAUUGUAAAUCAUUUUGUUUUGUUUCAAUGUCUGAUUUUAUCCAAUUACCGGGAUUAAAGAUAUUGCCAUGGUGAACCUAAGUCAUAAGUACUGGUAAACUUAGUCUAUGAUAUUAAAAUUGAUACUUAUUUAUUAAAUGUGAAUUUCUUUUAUGUUUUAUUGUUUACACAGCUCUUAGACUUAUAACUUAUAACCAUUGAAUUUUCAAAUCAAGUCCAACAGGGUUUAUUAUUUCUCAUACCAUAAUGUAUGGCAAAUGAGGUAUAUACACACUAUACAUACAUUGCAUGGCGGCAGAUACAUGUUAUUAAGAAUGUGAUAAUAUAUAUAUAUAUAUAUAUAUAUAUAUAUAUGAAUGUAUGUUAAUUAAAUUUCUAACAAAAAGCCACUUGUGAAAAUAAGAACUAUAUUUUCAAAUUCAUAAGUAAGCAUUGUUUUGUACUAUUAAAUCAUGUAUCCUCAUACACAUAUACAUAUAUGUCUUUGUCAGAGCUAAUCACAAUACAGUUAAGCUAUAAUUGAUGAGAGCUUUCAACAGGUGACAAAUCCAAUUCACAGUAUUCUUGUUCAAAGAUAAUUAAGUUGAAGUUAUUUUGACUAUUUACAUGGCCUUGAUGACAUCAAAAGAGUCGACAUAGUGCAAUAAAAUAACCCAAAUCUCAGCUGUUACUCAUUUUUGAAAGCCCAAUAAAAUAACCCAAAUGUCAGCUGUUACUCAUUUUUGAAAGCCCAAUAAAAUAACCCAAAUGUCAGCUGUUACUCAUUUUUGAAAGCCCAAUAAAAUAACCCAAAUGUCAGCUGUUACUCAUUUUUGAAAGCCCUUAACAGUUCUCUUGGAACUUGCACACAUGUUUUCAAUGUUUCAAAUGACAAGCACACACAUUGUAAUGAUUGUAUGAUGAAAUCAAGUACAUUUUCUAGUGCUUUGAUUGUACUUUUUGUGUUAGUUUUUAUUAUUAUUUGAAUACCAUCACAGUUCAUUCAAAUAAUUAUCAUAAUUAAAUUGCCAACUACAGACAGGCAAUAAAUAAUUAUAAAUUAAACUGAUCACUGUUCAAAUUUAUCAAGCUUACGUUGGUGCUCAUUGAGUUAUUUCCCUUAGUUUGCUCAGCUGUUAUUCUAGUAUCUAUUUGUAUUCAUUGUAUUUAUUUUAUAGCAUAGUCUGUUUAUUUUUCAACUUCAAGUAUUACUCUGUAGUAUUAUUCUUUUCUGUACACUCACUCACUGAUAUAUUUUUCUUUACACUGUCAGUAGAAAUAUAUUCAUUAGUGUGUUAAGUAUGACAAUACUUGACUUAGUUUGAAUUGUUAGCUGGUCUAGUUUCUAAGAAUUAAAGUUGAAAGCAUUGUCAUACCAUUGAUAUUGUUUGUGUCAUUUUCGGCCAUAACUCAAAACAUGUUUAAAAUAUUCAAAUGAAACUUGGUACACAAAUAGCCAGCUGCCAUAUUCGUUUGUACAGUACGGCUGGUAACUCUAGUUGUAAUACAUCACUUUUUUCCUCCGUAUUUUUGUAAUUAAGUAUAUACAUGUAGGCAAUUAUUUCACCAAUAGUUUACAAAAAAACAGAAAUAGGACUCAAGUUAUAUUAUUUUUGUAUGCUAAAUUGUAAAGAAUCUGAUAGCAUAUAAUUAUAAUCAAGCUCCGGUUACUUCAUUCUGCCUCUUGGUAGAACCUGGUACCAAAGUUUAAAAAGCCCGAAGAGACCUUUGGAAAUUGUUUUCAAAGUCAUUGAAUGCCUCAAAUGCAACCUUUUGGACAAGAAUUUGUUAAAUUUGCCUGGGGGAGGACCCCCCCCCCCCCCUCCCCCCCCCACACACACACUUACAAAACUUUAAAGUCAAAAGUUUAUGCCACUAAGUUACGUCCCAACUAAAGUCAGAUCCUGGAUUCGCCCCUUAUACUGUUUCUGAUAAAGAAAAUUUUUCAAAGAUAAAAAAACUUUCCUUAAAUAAAAGCUGUCAAUCCGUAUUUCAGGAUUUAAAUACUUAAGAACUUGCAAUUAAAGCUUUAGCGUAAUGAUGAUAUUGUUAUUUGUUACUGAUUCUAUUAUGACCUUGCCAAUGAAUGUUCUGUAAAUACUAAAUAUUGUUACUUAUUUGAAAAUAAAUAUUAAUGAAAAAAGAA